AUGUCCGCGCCCCCUUCUUUCGAUACACCUUGGUCAUCGAAUGGCAAGAUUGCCACUGUGACAGGAGACUCUCGCGGUAUUGGGCAAGCUAUUUCGGUUCAUUUGGCACGAAAGGGCCUUACCAAACUGGCGAUCACAUAUGCAAGCAACAUCGAGGCUGAAGAACUCGGUGUGGGGCAGGCAAUCGCCAUCAAAGCAGACGCGCUUGACCCCAAGUUUGGGCCAAAGACCGUUGCCGAGGUCGUCAAAAGACUAGACACUACAACUAUCGAUAUCCUUGUGAACAAUGCCGUCUUGGCUGACCUUAGCAGGGCAUUACCGAUUAAAGACACAACCUUGGACGUCUUUCUCGAGAUAAUGCAGGCAAACGUUUACGCUCCUGUUUCAGUCACAACGGCCCUGCUACCUCAAUCUUCUCAACUAUGGAGGCCGACGUUUCAAGACAAUAGCGAUCCGACUGUCGCAUACGGAGCUAGCAAAAUCGCUCCCCAGAGCUACACCCGAGCCUUUGCCGAAAACUUCUCCAAGUCAAAGAAAGCAACGUUCAACAGUGUCAUUGUGGGCCUGACAGCCAUAGACUCGAUCAAAGCCAGCCAGCACAUGAUGCCGCCAGGCUUUUUAGAUGGGCAGAUCCGAGACACCACUGCAGGAGAAAGAAUUGGUGUUCCUGAUGAUAUCGCCUACAUCGUGGGCUUCCUCACAAGUGAAGAGUGUCAUUGGGUUAACGGUGGUGCUGUAAGUGCCAAUGGCGGUACUAAGCUUGUUAUGUCUGCCCUUGGUUAA